UUGUGGGCAUGGGAGCGUUUAUCGCAUAUACGUCCACAACGAUUACUCUCACGUGGUCCAUUACAUGAUGUACAUCCAGACGCUGGCCUAGCAGAUGCUGUACCACCUGCACCUGUACUAGCACAAGGUCUUGCACCAGAUGUACCUGUAUAUGAUGACCUGCCAGUAAGGCCUCGUGGGUGUAGGUAA